AUGAAACCACAAGUGAUACAUUCCUUUAUCACUUGCAAGGUUAGUUCACUCUCUUUCCAUGUCAGUUUUGUUUAUGGCUUCCACUCAAUAGUUAGUAGGAGGCCAUUAUGGAAUAACUUGAUGGAAACGACGGAAUUGCAUUCUACCCCGUGGCUGCUUGUUGGGGACUUCAAUAGCCUGUUGAGAAUUGAUGAGAAAUGGUUUGGGGCAGAGGUUAGUGCGUAUGAAGUGAAUGAUUUUAUGGAUUGCUGCCAAUAUAUUAUAUCGGACUCACUGAUUUGCAAUCUGUCGGGUGGUUUUUCACUUGGAGCAACAACAGAGUGUGGUGUAAGCUGGAUAGGGCCUUGCGCGUAA